ACAACGCCCCUACAUUUCUUCAGUUGCUCGCUAGACUAGUACUAGAUCUAGUAGCAGUAGUAGAUCAACUGACAACUAGACUUGAUCUAGUUUGAAUAGGCAUAAAAUAACAAAGUUUACUACUACUACAGUACAUCUAGAGCUAGUACUGUAGUAGACUAGGUGGCCGACUAGGUUUUACUUUUAGAUUUUAGGAAAGAAGACUAACAGUCUAACACUUAACUUACCGUGCUGUACUGUAUCAAUUCAAUUUCAAUACCACUUGACUUGGGUAGAAGAGUAGAGAGACAGAGAGUAGUGUAGGUAGUGGAAGUAGAAGGUGUAACUGUAGACUAACAGAAAUAAAAUAAAAAUAAAUUGUUUUGUAUAGGCCUACUAGAUUCUAGAUCUAGUUUAGUUGAGAGUUGUGCACUUAUUUUUAGGUUUAUUUUUUUGAGAUUGUGCUUAGUUUUUUGUUUUUAACUUUACUAGUUUAGCGAUUUAGUCGUUAGUCAAGCCUAAGCUAAGGUCUUAUUCGAGUGUAAAGUGAAGAGUACUGUGAACAGAGUGUAGACUACUGUAGACUGUAGACCUACCCAAUGUGUGUAGUAUUAAAAUUUUGUAAGCCUACUAUUUGAUGUGACUAAUUUUUUUAGUAUAGCUACUAGAUCUAGCUUAAAAGACUGCUGGUUAAAAUAAAAAUAAAAGCUGGUCCAGAAUGAAAAUCUUGAAUGAAAGAGGACUAGUCCACUUUGCUAACUCUGGAGCCCCAGCAGAUAAGGAAGGGUACUUACACAAGAAAGGGGAACUGAAUAAAGGUUUUCAGCGGCGAUGGUUUGUUCUCAAAGGUAACCUGUUGUUUUACUAUGAACACAAGGCUGACCUAGAGCCUGUUGGUGUUAUCAUUCUAGAAGGUUGUACCAUCGAGCUUGCAGAAGAUAUGGAUGGCUUUGCCUUUCUGAUCAACUUUGGCACCAAUGGGGCCAGGUCUUACUGCCUUAGUGCCAAAACACAAGAGGAAAUGGAAUCUUGGAUGAAAGUCUUGUCCUGUGCGGGGUACGAUUACGUCAAGUUGAUGGUCUCCGAGCUCCAGAGUAAACUUGAAGAAGUUUCAGACGGAGCGGAGGCCAGACUCAUCAGUGAAGCAGAGAAAGAUAGCCAAAUUUUGGGAAGAAUGUACAACACUGAUAGUUAUUAUUCCUCUUCCAAAGCUGAAGCAUCGCCUAGAGCGUCGGCCAGUGCUUCUUACUCCCUUGCUCGGAACAGCCGGGUUAACCCGUUUAACAAUUUAGAAAACAGUACAGAAAAUGACCCUGGGGAUGCUUUUCGACCCAUGAGCAAAGUUUCAAAUGUGGAAGUGGUUACAUGGUCCCUGCUUGGUGUCCAUGAAUUUUCUGAAAUGCAUGAGUUUGUUAGACAGCAGUUACAGGAGUCUCAGUCGGCUGAUGUUCUAGAAGAUUCUUGAUAUAGUUGCUGGUAACGUUACAUGUGUUUAGUUAGACCUCUUGUGAUAUAAUAUUUUUAAUGAACUUCUUCCCCCCCCCCCCCCUCAAAGCCUUAAAACAAACAACAUAGGAAUAAGCUGAUGUGUUAUAGUAAAGACAUAGUUACUUCACUUAGCUGUGUUAUUGUACAGUAUUUAAUUGUAAACUUUUAGUUUUUGUUAGCAUUGUUUUAAUUUAUGGCUGAAAAUUGUCUUUUAACCAGUAUUAUUGUUUUAAAAAUCAUCAAGGUGGUUGAUUGAUGCCUAACUUAAUAAUUUGCUUUCAGUUAAAUAUUAUCACUGAUCUAAUUAGGGCCCACAUGUACAUUUUUUUUUCAGCUGUGUUUACACAUGAUCAAAAAAUAUAUCCUUUCAGUUUCAUGUUUGAAUACUUUGAUUUAACAUUUUCUAUAGGAAUAAAUAAUUAAAAUACAUUAUAUGUCCUUAAUUUAUUAGGGAUUAAUUUUAAUAUUGCAAAAUAUUGACUUAUCCUUCUCAAGAUGUUCCCAUGAUGUGUAUCCUCUUUGCUUGCCCAAUGUAUAAAUCUGUUACCCCAAUACACAAAUCUGUUACCCCAGUACAUAAAAGUUACCCCAAUACACAAAUCUGUUACCCCAAUACACAAAUCUGUUACCCCAGUACACAAAUCUCUGUUACAUACUCAAAACAGUGUUACAUUCUCUUCACCUUGAAAAAACAACUCAGGUGGUGUUUGUCAUUAAGUUAAAAAUUGUUCCUUAUAUAAAUAACUACUUGCAACUUUUAUAAGUUAGUCUUUUUUUCAGUUAAACUUUUGAACACUUUGUUUAGGCUAAGGUAAAAAAAAAAGAAUUUUAACUAAAAGAAAUGUUUUAUGAACAACAAGCAUAUUGCCAGUUUGCCUCUUUAUAAUUGUAUUUAUUAUAAGCUUGUUUAGUUCGACGAACAUUUUUAAUUGAAUAUUUUUCAUACAGCAGGGAUGGUUGUUUGGGUUUGUUGUUGCCACCUAGAUCACUAUCACUUUGUGAGCUUGUGGCUGGUCCCAGCUAACAGAGCAUUUUUGUACAAAUUUUGUUUCAUGUGUGAGAUCUGCAUUUUGCACUUGUUAGGUUGUUAUCUAGCCUGAUCCCCCACUUUUUAGCAUAUUGUGUGGUAAUUUCUUUUUUAUUCACUUUUCAAUGGUUUUGUGUUACUGUUUAAAAUAUAUAGUUCACCCAUUCUUUGUUAUGGUUUAUUCAUCUAAAGCAGUGAAAAUGAAUAUUUCCAUCUGUCAUAACAGAAAUAAUAUAAAUUUGAACAAAUUUUAUUUUAUUUUCAAUCUUAAUCCCAAUUUAGGAAACAAAAUGACUUCAGCAAAUGUGCAAUGAUAUGUUUCCUAUAACUUGUUAGGGUUAUUUCAAUUUGAUUUUGACUUUUAUUAGAAGUGCAAUAUUUUUUAUGUCCUGUUUUUUUUACUACUCUGUAUGUUAAGAAUACCCGUACCAUUUAUAAUGACUAGCUACGUUAAGUCGGCUUUAAAAAAAAUAUCAUUGGCUGGUAGAGGAGUGGAAACACUGUAUGUGAGCUCAAAAUAUUUUUAUCAUCACCUAAAUUGAUGACACAUUAUAAAAUAAUUAACAAUCAAAGUGUUAAAACAUGUCAAUAUUUUGUUAGUGAUUGCUCCAUAGACUAGUGGAGAACAGCACAAUUUUUAAAAGAACCAUUAUAAAAAUCACAUGGCAACCAAAGUGUUAAAAUUUAAAACACUCAUUAUGUUGACAGUGAGUGCUCUAAGAGACAACUGUUUCUGUAACAGCCACUAUCGAAUAAAAUAAAUAAAAACAGCCAUGCAGUUCAAACAUUACAAUACAUUGAAGUCAGCAUGGUUUUUCUGUAAUCCUGAAAUGGGUAACAAACUUUAAAGUAGGCUACAUUUUAACACUAUGUUACAGUGGUUCAUACUUUUAAAAAAAAGUAAUUGUUAGUUGAUUUAUUGAUUAAAAUAAUUUUUAAUGAAGUAACGCAAUUUUGACUACUAUUACACUAUAGUAUUUUGUACUGUGGCAGCCACUUGCCAAACUUUUGUGUCAUCAGUUUUAUACAAAGACCUGCUUGAGCUAAAGUCAUUCACUGCUGGUCUAAUGUAGUUGUCUUACCACUUUUUUUGUUUUUACACUGAGUGAUGUUUGCUAGCUUGAAUAAAGUUAACUAUUUCA